AGGCAAUGAAAGCUUACAAUGAGCACUGCGCGAAAAACGGCCAGCCUGCAAACCACGAGAAGGCCAAGGAGCUCUUAGCUGCCUUUGGUGGAGCCUUUAUCGACCGCAUGGUCGAGACGAAGGGUUUGGACGCCAUAGACAGACAGAAGGCCAAGCAUCAUGCCAAGGAAACUGCCUACGAUAGGUCUGGUUAUUAGUCGUCAGCAGCAACCUCAUGCGACCCAAUACCCAACCAAUACCAUUGUUGAUCUUCAUGUAACAAAUGUAACGAUAAUAUACACGACCCCAAGUAUUAUAUGAUAUAUAUUAUGCAUCCAUGUUUGAACAGUA